GAUAAAGUUCCUUUCUUUUCUUUUUUUUUUUUUUGGAUAAAAUAACUAAAAAAGAAAGAAUAUUAUCCAAGUCUAUCUUAUGAUAAAACCAAAAAGAAAUCGUAAUUUAAUCCAAACAUUUAAAUAUAUAAACUAUGCUUUUCCAACUUUAUAUUAUACUAUAAAUACCUUUUCUGUGGAACCAUAUAUAUGCUACAGUUACAAAAUCUUUAUUUCCUUCAAAGCUUUAUCACAAAUCACUAAAAAAGACCAUUCCUUUUUUCUUCCUUUCUCCAUAUAUAGUUUCUAUUACCCAUUUUCUUCUAUACCCAUCUUUUCUUCUUCUUCUUCUUCUUCUUCUUCUUCUUCUUCUUCUUCUUCUUCUUCUUCUUCUGAAUUGAUUUUAUCCAAUGGAAAAAUUGCAAGAAAAUGAAUUAGCUCAACAUCAUGGCUAUGUCAUGGAAGAUUAUGAGUCGUCUUCUUCAAUGGAGGAGCUUAGUCGUUCUAUAAAUUCAGAAGAAUGUUCUUCAUUAGAAAUGGUGGAAGAUGCAAGUUCUUCGUUAUCGUCAUCUUCUUCAAAUGGGCCUUUGUUUGAAUUAACAGAGCUAAUGGUUCAUCUUCCUAUGAAGAGAGGAUUGUCUAAAUAUUAUGAUGGUAAAUCUGAAUCUUUUACAUCUUUAGCAAGUGUUGAAAGAUUAGAAGAUUUGGCCAAAAGGGUGUCUCCAAUUACAAAAAAGUUCAAAUCUUGUAAGAGUUUUGAUGCUCAUAAAUCCAUUGUUCCCAGAGCUGCCAUAGCCAAGAAAAGUUCGAGAUCAAGAGGAAAAAGUAGUUUGAUCUGUGGUUCUAGGGCUACAAUUUCUGUAAAUGGACAGUGAUUAGAGGUUUAAUUUUAACAAUGAAAAGAUCGAACAACACAACUAACAUAACAGUAUUGUUGCAUAACUUUUUUCUGUUUCAUUUUUCAUUUUUCCAAGGAAUUUUGUGACAUAGUGUAAAGUGUUUUUUCCCCCCUUUCUUGUUAUAAAAGAAAAAAUUUGUAAUGUUCUGUUGUUGAUUAUUUAUUACAAUGUUUACGUGCAUAAAAGUGUUGGCAUGGAUAAAAUGGUUGCAAGUAGUUCUUGGCAUUUAUGUUAUGAAGAUGGAACUAUAAUUUAAGUGUCGUUAUCUUAAAUAUUGUUUAUUAUUAGAGUUUUAUGAACAUAGAUAUAAAUUGGAGUUAAAGUUUUAAAUAUUCAUUUAAUUUCUUUAUUUAGUUGCUUAAACCUCUCGUAGAAUGGGAUGGGAGAAAGCAUAGAUCUUGUUUACUAAUUUCACCAUAAGAAGAUUCUAUUAAAGGUAAUAACUAUAAAUUUGUCAUAUUUACUAUUAUCUUUUGAUCUUAACGAUAAGAUAAUGAUAAAUCUUAACAAUUUUCAAGUAAAAAUUGGAUAAAAAUGAAAACGGAUCAAACUUUUUCGUAAUUUCGAAACACUUGUCAACAACCACAAAUGUCAUCAACUAGAUCCGGUAGGUUACAAAUUACUGGUAAAUCCUCCUUCAACUUCUACUUUAUAAGUCAUUUAAACCUGAUUCAAUAUCUUAGGCAAAUUACAUGGGGGAAAGUGGUAAGAUUUGACAAACUAAUUAAAGAAGUAAAUCAUGAAGGGGCUUUCACAUUGACAAUAGAAUGUAAAGGCUGAAGCUUUUGGUAUAAAGCUCAAACCAAACUAAAACAAUACAAGGUUUUCUGUAUGAAUUCUUCCUCCAUUUUUCCUUUUUUUUUUUUUUUUUUUUUUUUUUUUUUUUUUUU